AUGACAGUUAGCCUUUUGUUCUCGGCGUUUUGCUGUAUCACUUACUUGGGAGCUAUUUAUUAUGAUAUUUAUUACAUGCCAAGACUUGGAACCGAAUGGUGGAUUGCUAAGUUGGUCAUGUUGACCAAUAUAGACUUGGUAACUUGAUGAAUAGUGUGACAGAAUUAUUUUUAUAGGUGAUUCAAGCGUACUAUUCGUUUUUACUAUUGCUCUCCCAUUGUGGAAAUCCCAAGUUAAAACGGUUCAAAGAUUUUACAUUCUUCACAACCGCUUUCCCGUGUGGAAUGGCAACUUGUCUCUUGUUCUGGAUAUUGUAUUUAUUUGAUCCGGAAUCAAUUAUGCCAAAAUGGAUCCGAGAUCUAAUUCCUUUCUGGAUGAAUCAUGUAAGUGAAUGGCGAAAGUCAUAGAUAAUGAUAAAUACCAUAGAUUUAUUUUAAACUUCAUUUCAGGUCACCCACACCUUUCCAUUAAUAGCACUUACAGUAGAUCUCUUUUUUGCCAAACAUGUUGCUGUUAACUUUAGCAGGGGAAGUUUGAUGGUUCUCCUUUUAUUCUGGGUCUAUUUCUUGCUGUAAGUUAAUUUUGGACAUCAAGGAGACCUGGAUUUUAGAGUCGUCUACAUACGCUUCAGUUGGGGAUACUGGCUCUACCCGAUAUUUGACAUGAUAGGUCCCUUGCCAAGUAUAAUCUUUAUUCUGGCAGCUGGAUUUAUUUUCUGGGGUUUGUUUUAUAUUGGUUACAAAGCCCAUUACUUGACAAAGAACUCAUGGAAUCAUUUGAAACUGCAGUAA